AUGGAUGCGCAGUAUCCCUUUGCUUCACGCGACGAUAUCUGGCGCGUUUUUGAAGAGUUGAAAGAUAUCCACGCCACACAGUUUGAGCAGGCGGAACGGAUUGCGAGACUUGAGCGCCGAAGGGACGAGGAUGCAAGGUUGAAAAGUGUCUGGGGACCUUUAUCACCUUUUCCGAGCUCUGUAGGCGGUACAGUACCAACAGAACCCAUUUUCCCAUCUACUGCCGACACUUUCAAGGGAUUUGAUCAAGGCCAACAUCACGGCGUGGGUUCCAUGGGACUGGAUACUGAAGAGGAGCCAAGACGGGGAACGUCAAGGGCAAAUAGUGUUCGGUUUGACGAAAGUGCCAUCCACGGGUAUUAUGGGCAAGCCAACAGGUCAAGUAGUGAGCUUCCAAUACGGACCGGAAGCGGGAUGGGGAGUCUUCCUCUAAGUGAACGAUCUCUAUCACAUCGGUCAGAUGGGAGGCAAAGCUCGUCGGGACAUUCCCAUCACUCUGCUCGGACCAACAGCUUGGGGUUAGAAGCAACUAGCAGGAUGAUGAGUUCGAUAAUGAGUGACUCGUCUCUCAUUCCCCCACCAGGUCUAUUCCUCUUAGGGCCCGUCCCAGCGAUUAUUCGGUGUUGGAUGACCACAAAUUUCUCUAACGAUUCACUUCUUUAUGCGGCGGUUUGCAGUGGGUCGUACAAGUCUUGGCUGGGCUACCCAAUGGUUCAAAAGCUAGGUCUUGAAGACCAGCUGGUGCAGGAAGUGGACUCGCAGUAUAUCAAGCUCCCAGUGUACCUUCCCGAAGCUAGCGUGCACCAGGCGUCAUCACGAUCCAGUAGCCCUACGCCCCAAGUUCCUACAUUGACAAUCCGCUUUCUCGUUCAUCAUGUCGACCCCGGUGACAACUCCGUCCAGAUCAUUCUUGGCAGUGAUAUACUCCGUGCCCAUAACGCCGACAUUUUGUUCUCGCAAGACAAGAUCAUUAUGGUUGAUGAUGAGAGGAAUAAGGUUUCCAUCCCUCUGGUACGACCCGAAAGUGACUCUGUCUUUAAGAGUCUACAUACGACUUCAAGAGACACGAGCUCAGGAUACAUAUCUCGAACGUCACUCGAGUUGAAGGGUGAUCGUCCUGAUACAGAUAAUCCCUCUGUUCUUGGUGUCAUUGGGAAACCUAUUCAGCUUUCUCAACAGGCUCCUCCAGUGCCCGCUUCAGGUCGAGAUUUUGCUGAAGAACUUAGGGAUACUUCGGGUGAUUUAGAGCACGGCAAGGAGAACGGCGGGCACCAAGCGCCGGCCAAGGCCACUAUAUCAGUUGAUACGCAAGCAGGUGGUGUCUCAAAGGCGGAGCCAGCUGGGGUAUGGGGCUCGUGGAAGCGCGACUCAAAAACUGAUCCGAAUGCCCCUGGAGCGGGGAAACCCUCUCGACCGCGUACGAUGAAGGUGCUACGGCCGUCCAAACCGUCAAACCGGUCUGUCUCAGCUACAGCUCCUGGUAGCUUCAGCAAUGAGGCUACAGGCCCUUCAUCAUCAGUAAUUUCGCCCGAUGGUAGUCGAACGGGGAAGCCACUCGCUCCCAAUCCGAUUGGAGGUGCCUCGGCCUUCCCGUGGCUUAAUUCGUCCUGA